AUGGCCGACAUGGAUGUGGACAACACAGUCCCAGUCGUCAUCAAGCACCAGGGCAAAUCAUACAACAUCGACGUCGACACCUCCGAGCCGGGCUCUGUCUUUAAAUACCAGGUCUACAGCCUGACCAGCGUGCAGCCAGAGAACCAGAAGAUCCUCUGCAAAGCCAGCCAGAUCAAGGAUGACACGGACAUGUCGAAGCUGCGCCUGAAGGCAGGCCAGGUCAUCAUGGUGCUGGGACAACCGGGUGAAGCACCAGCGCGGUUCGAGGCGCCCAAGGAGAAGACCCGCUUCGUCGAGGACAUGAGCGCCCGAGAGCUAGCACAGAAGGGCGGACUCGCCGUCCCUGUCGGCCUCGAGAACCUUGGAAACACGUGCUACUUGAACUCGUCUUUGCAGGUCAUGCGGUCCAUCCCAGAACUGCAGGACAACCUGGUCAACCACUUCAAGCCCAGUGAGGACCGGUCCGUCUCAAACCUGACCAGCACGCUCCGCGACGUCUUCUUGGACAUGUCCACGACAGGCGAUACCGUCCGACCUGAGGGCCUCCUCAGCAUGCUGCGCAAGUGCAACGAGCGAUUUGCUGAGCGAACCCGCACGGGUGCAUAUGCACAGCAGGAUGCCGAGGAGGCCUGGACCUAUCUCAUCAACAACCUCAAGACGACGCUGCCCCUCGAGGAUGAGACGCCCGCGGCUGCAGAGGGUAGUGCUGGAAGCAGCACCAAUGAGAACGGUUCCAGUGCCAGCAAAAGCAAAGGAAAAUCAAGCGUCAUCGACCGUUACAUGACUGGCCAGCUGGAGAGCGUGACCGUCUGCGACGAGGCCGAAGGAAACACAGAGGACAACGUCAAGCCGGAGAGCAAGGCUUUUCGUGUCCUGGACUGCCACAUCAACGAGUCGGUCAAUCAUCUGCGCGAUGGUCUGCUGGCCGGCCUAGUGCACAAGAUGGAGAAGUCGUCUGACGUGCUGGGCCGGACCGCCGGCUUCACAUCGACCGACCGCAUCUCACAACUGCCCAAGUACCUCGGUGUGCACGUGCUGCGCUUCUCGUGGAAGCGGACUGCCCAGCUCAGCACCAAAAUUUUGCGCAAGGUCACUUUCCCGCUGGACCUCGACAUCACCGAGUUCUGCACUGACGAGUUGCGCCUCCGGCUGGCCCCCAUUCGCGACAAGGUCCGCGAGGUGGCCAAGGACGUCGAGGAGAUCGAGCGCAGCAAGAAGAAGCGCAAGCGCCGCAUUUCGGAGAGCAAGCAGUCGGGUGAGCCCGCAUCAUCGAGCAGCAGCAGUGCCGCCGGCAACAGCAGUGGCAACACCAGCAGCAAAACAAGCGGCAAGAAAGAAGAGCCCGUCGAGAAUUUCAAGACCGACGCCGAGAUCGAGGCAGAGAAGCAGGCCGUGGUUGAGAAGGCCAAGGAGGAGCUCUACCAGCUGGUCAAGCCGCACCUAGAGCAAGACCGGUAUGCCAACCACAGCGGCCUCUACCAGUUGCGGGCCGUCCUCACCCACCAGGGCGCCCGCUCUGACAGCGGCCACUACACGGCCUUCGUCAAGAAGGGCACCAUCCUGAACCCUGUCUCUGGCCGCAUGUCCGAGGAGGACGGCAACUGGCUCUGGUUCAACGACGAGACCGUCACAGAGGUGGCUGCUGACCGCAUCGAGAGCCUAGCUGGCGGCGGGCCGUCCCAUUCUGCUUUUAUGCUGCUCUAUGCAUCCGUGCCGCUGCUGCUGCCGGAGAACCGCGUGACAGAAAAAUUCUCGCAAUCAUAG